UACGUACACCUAUCAAUCAUCCCAUCGCUAUCCUGUCCUUCUGCUCUCUCUCUCUCUAUCUACAAGUGUCGAGUUCGUCUUUUCUGCAAACACAUUGUCGCAAUGGCUGCACCCGGAAAUAUACCAAAACUUCUUGACUUGACGAUUGACAACAUUACGCCGAACACGAUUCGGAUCAACUCGCAAUGCCAGAAUCCGCGCUUGCGCUAUUUAAUGGCGCGGCUGGUGACGCACUUGCACGACUUCGCUCGAGAGACGCGGCUUAGCACAGAAGAGUGGAUGGAAGCGCUCAAUUUCCUCGUGGGCUGCGGGCAGAUCAGCAGCGAUGUGCGCCAUGAAUUCAUUCUGCUUUCCGAUAUCCUGGGUCUCUCCUUGUUAGUCGACAACAUCAACCACCCGAAGCCGCCGUCGUCGACCGAGGGCUCGGUGCUCGGGCCGUUCCACACGCACGACGCGCCGACGCUGGCCAACGGGUCGAACAUGGCGUCGGACCCGGAGGGCGUGCCGCUGCUGUGCAUCUGCACCGUGCGGGACACCGCGGGCAGGCCCGUGCCGGACGUCAAGAUCGACAUCUGGGAGACGGACAGCAGCGGCCACUACGACGUGCAGCACUCCGACCGCGGGGAGCCGAGCGAGCGGUGCGUCAUGGUGAGCGACAGCGAGGGCCGCUUCUGGUUCAAGGGCAUCCGGCCCGUCAGCUAUCCCAUCCCGCACGACGGCCCCGUGGGGAAGCUCCUGGAGAGGCUGGGCAGGCAUUGCUGGAGACCGGCGCAUUUGCACUUCAUGUUUGAGAAGGAGGGUUGGGAUCAUUUAAUUACGGCACUCUACGCGCGCGGCGAUCCGUACGAGACGUCGGACGCGGUAUUCGGCGUGAAGCAGAGCCUACUAGUAGACUUCGAGAAGGCGGAUGCCGCGACGGCGAAGGAAUACGACUUCCAAGAAGGGGGACUAUUGUUGCGGCACGACUUCGUAUUGACGACGAAAGAAGAGACGGAAAAGCUAAGGGACGAGAACGCUAUAAAGGCCCUCGCGCAGCUGGGGUUGCAGCUGAAGCUUGUGGAUCAUCUACCUGUGCCUGAGAUGGACUAGAAUGCCGGAUGACUAAAUAGAUAGCGCUGUGAAGUUUAACUAACACAUUGUUGCUCGAACUACGUAAAGGUGAACUAAUGCCAUAUCCAUAGCCUCU